AGAUAAGAGAAAGUAUAAAUACUUUUGUACAGUGUAUCAGUGAUAGUACAGUGAUCCUUUUACUUACCUUUACAAGAAUAUAACUCCAUGAAGACCAUGAAGGCUAUAGUAAUGUAUUUAAUAUUGGUUAUAGCGGCCGCCACUGUGUCUAGUGCAGAUGAAUUAGAAGUCCAAGACCAAGAAGUCCAAGAAGGAGAACCACAACAGGACCAAGAUCAGCCACUAAAAAGCCUUCGACCAAGAUGUCCAAGAGACAAUUCUAAGGUGGUAUACAUCCCAGAUGCUAACUGUAACAGGUUCUGGCAAUGUAGUAAUGGCGUUUCUAUUAGAAUGUCUUGUCCUGCAGGUCUUCACUGGAAUCGCAGAUUAAACGUUUGUGAUUGGCCUAGACGUGCGAAGUGUAUUGGAAGAAGAUUUGAUGAUGCAGAUCAGUCAGAUGAUCAUGAUGAAAAAAUAGUAGUAAAUCAAUUCCGUUUACAAGUAGAAGAAGACCCGGUUUUAUUAGUACCUGAAGGGAAAUUAGCAUUAGAGCAUCAAAACCAACCUAUAGAAAGUCUUAGACGCAGAUGUCCCAGAGACAACUCCAAAGAAGUAUAUUUGCCAGACCGCAACUGUAAUAAGUUUUGGCAAUGCAGCAAUGGUGUCCCUAUCAGAAUGUCUUGCCCUGAAGGUCUCCACUGGAAUCGCAGAUUAAAUGUUUGUGUCUGGCCUAGACUCGCGAGUUGUUCCAGUAGGGUGUAAUACACGGAAUCACAAUAUUUUUAGUAUUAUUGGAAUAUAAUAUUUUAAUAGUCCCCCAAUGUCAAAACGUUUACUAAAAUAUAUAACAUUUGUUUAUUUUUGAA